AGAUCAAUACUUGUCUUGGAAACCUCAAAGAACUGAAAGGUUUCAAUGGGUUACUUUGAUCCAGAACUAAGAUUUAAUAUUUCCCAAAUUAGAAAUGGACUUUUUGCCAUGUCUGUUCUUGUUUAUGGCAUUUUUGAUAGUCGGUGAGGCUAUCCAACUUUGGCCCUCCUUCCAGGUGUUUUGGACUUCAACUCCCAUCAUUCCUAAGAGCCUCAGUCCCUUCUUCAACCGCUUAAGCAUCAGCCAAUGGCGAAGGAGCGAAGGCGGGGCCUGAGUUCGAAUCCCGCCCCCUUUCCGUCUCCAUAAGAAGCCAAGGGAAGGCGGGAUCCGAGGCACAGAGAGAGCCAUGGCUCGGGUUUUCUCGGCUCUUCGGGUCCUUCUGGGCCUCUUCUUCGCCCUCUCCGGGCUGGUCAAGAUCAGCGACAAGGUGUCCGGGGAUCUGCACCAGCAAAUGAAAUCCCAAUUUGUCCAGUUUGCUGACGUUUUCCCCUUAAAGGAGUUUGGCUACAAGCCAGAGCCGGUCGGCUACCUGGAGACAGUGGGCUGGAUCGAAUUCGUGGCCGGUUUGCUCUUGGCCUUUGGACCUCAGUUGCUGCAGGAAAUCAGCAAUUUCAUCCUCACCAUCGUCAUGAUAGGCGCGAUCUACACUCUCUUGGUCUUGAAGGAGCCCAUUGCCAUGUGUGCGCCGGCCACGGUCUGCUUGGGCCUCCUGCUUCUCCUCAACAUCCGGGGAAGACCUGCCAAGUCGAAAUUUGAAUGAAAGGGAUGGGGAGAUCAAUUAAUUGGGGAGUGGGCGGAGGGGUUGCAAGGGAUGCUGUUGAAAAUGGCAAGCGUGCUGGCAGAGUCGCUGGGAUUUCUAGUUCACCUCCAAUCAAAGAGCAUUCUGAACUCCACCAAUGAUGGAACUGAACCAAAACUUGGCACACAGAACUCCCAUGACCAACAAGAAAUACUGGAAGGGUUUGGUGGGCACUGACAUUGAUUUUGGGAGUUGUAGUUCACCUACAUCCAGAGAGUAUUGUGGACUCAAACAGUGAUGGAUCUGGACCAAACUUUGCACAAAUACUGAAUAUACCCAAAUGUGAACACUGGUGGAGUUUGGGGAAAAUAGACCUUGACAUUUGGGAGUUGUAGUUGCUGGGAUUUAUAGUUCACCUACAAUCAAAGAGCAACUUGUACCCCACCAAUGAUAGAAUUGGGCCAAAUUUCCCAGACAGAACCCCCACGACCAACAGAAAAUACAGUAGAGUCUCACUUAUCCAACACUCGCUUAUCCAACAUUUUGGAUUAUCCAAUGCAUUUUUGUAGUCAGUGUUUUCAAUAUAUCAUGAUAUUUUGGUGCUAAAUUCGUAAAUACAGUAAUUACUACGUAGCAUUACUGUGUAUUGAACUACUUUUCUGUCAAAUUUGUUGCAAAACAUGAUGUUUUGGUGCUUAAUUUGUAAAAUCAUAACCUAAUUUGAUGUUUAAUAGGCUUUUCCUUAAUCCCUCCUUAUUAUCCAACAUAUUCGCUUAUCCAACGUUCUGCCAGCCCGUUUAUGCUGGAUAAGUGAGACUACUGUACUAGUCUUUGGUGACCCCUCUCGGGGUCAGAAAUAUUCUCCCCGUAUAUAUUUGAGUUACUGUAUAUACUCGAGUAUAAGCCGACCCGAAUAUAAGCCGAGGCACCUAAAACUGGGAAAACUUAUUAACUCGAGUAUCAGACAUGGAUGGGAAAUGCAAUAGCUACGGAUCAAAUUCAAAAAUAAAAAUAUUGAUAAAAUUGCAUUAUUUCAGGCAUCAGUAGGUUAAAUGUUUUUGAAUAUUUACAUAAAACUAAUUUAAGAUAAUAAUAAGACUUUAAUAAGAUAAGACUGUCCAACUCUGAAUACCUAUAUACUCAAGUAUAAGCUGGCCUGAAUAUAAGCCAACCAGGACCCUCACUCGAAUAUAAGCCAAGGGGAGCUUUUUCAGCCCUAAAAAAGGGCUGAAAAAUGAGGCUUAUACUCGAGUAUAUACAGUAUUUUUAAAAAACAUCCUCCUGAAGUAGUUUUCCCUUUUGCUUUGGCUCAGCACUAAAUGACCAUGUUACGCUAAUCUAAUGCGCACUCGAAUUAUGGCAAGGCCAUUUGGCCCCAAUAGGUGAGCAUUAGAGUGGAAUAAAUAGGGAUUUUUUUUGUGUUCCUUUCGAUUUCUCUGUAAAUAUAAAUUUGUCCAUUUGCUUAAUGGGUUUACUUUUUUCAACACUGAUUGUCUCGGCUGCCUUUAUGGAUUCUGCACUGGCCUUGCUGGUCUGCACUGGUGGAAAAGCCAAGGAGACUGCAAAAUAAAUAAAAAUAGCUGGUUGCCACUGA